AUGGGCUUGUUGAGGUUUCCCAAAGAUUGCAAUGACUACGGCUACCUGCCUGGCUCGGAUGCUGCUGUGGAUGAUGCUGUGCUAAGGAAGAAGGAGCAGAAAGAUGUUGAGCUUGAUAAGAAAAUCCUUGCUUUGCGGAAAAAGAAUGAAGCGCUCAUACGAAGGUACCAGGAAAUAGAGGAGGAUAAAAAACGAGCCGAGCAGGAGGGAAUGGCUGUUACCUCCAGGAGACCCAAGCAAGAUGGGCUCACUAUUACCAUCACCAAGGCUCACAACGACCUGAAAGAUGCAAUUACCCAGACUGAACACUAUGGACAAGAUAGCCCAGCCCUCUUGAUGGACAAAAGGGUGGUGAGUGAGAAAUGGGGGAGCCCCUGUUCUACGAGCCCUGGCUUGGACGUUGGCAGCGAGGAAGAGGAGGAGGAAGCAGACCAUAUGUUCACGUUCAGAAUGGGCAAGAGGAUGCAGCUGGCUGUUACCAUGGACAACAAAGCCAAGGGCAAGCGGAUAGUGAGUGAGAAACGCGCCGAGUGCUUCACCGGCCCGGGCAGGGUGCCAGAGCUGAGCGAAGAAGAGACGAAUCACUUGGUGGCUUUCCGGCGGGGCAGACGGAUGCAGAUCGCCAUCACCAUGGAUAACAAGGAGAAAUUCUGCCUGGCUGUGCAAAACCGGGGCCUCGAUAAGCCCGGCGCCGCGCGCGUGCCCCUGCACCCGCAGCACACGCGCCGUCAGCAGCGGCUCGCGGAGGAGCGGAGAACAGCAGAGAAGAGGAGAUCGGAGAGCGACAGGGCUCCAGAAAGCGACCAUGGCCGGAAGGAGGGUGGGAAGUCAGCCCAGAAAGGCCCUGGAGACCUGAGUUUCCCCAUGACCGGACGGGAGCGCUCGGAGUAUAUGCGCUGGAAGAGGGAGCGAGACCAGAUCGACCUGGAGCGACUGGCACGUCACAAGAACGCCAAGGGCGAGUGGCGACGGGCUUGGGAUGUGGAGAAGUCAGAGCACAUGUUUGAAGAGGACUUUGUUAAGGAUGGGGAGCCAGCCUUGGAUAAUCCCAGCAAUAAGAAAGGGGGAAGAAAUGCGAGGAAAUUCCAGCACAGGGCCUUUCCUCACGAAGGAAGAGGUGGAGGACAGCACAGCGUGAACGUGAGCGAUCCUGCUCCCAGAGCGGUGGCCGCUGUGAGCAGCCGGGCCAGAGGGAAGGACAGGCUGACCGGCAGAGCCAGAAGAUGGGAUGCAAAAGAAGGCGAUGACGUGUGUUUUCUGAAGGAUGACCCUGACAGUCAGAGGAUCCUCGGUACAGACAAGCUGAAAGGCAGAGGUGAGGAGGGGGUGGAAGACAACUGCCCGGCAGAGCUGGAGGAGAAGCAGCCAAGUCUCUCAGAUCCCAGUGCAUCCUCAUCACGGGAGCUGCCAAGCGGGAAGGUCCCGUCUGCCCACAACAGCCGCAAGGAGGAACAGAGAGCGGUGAAGGGAUGCGAGGAGGUACCCGUGGCCAUCGCCGGUGACCCUGAGCCAGGGAGCAAGCUGAGGAAGGAGAGCGUGGCUUAG